AUGAACGCUGAGACUUGCGUCUCUUACUGCGAGUCUCCGGCCGCUGCCAUGGACUCCUACUACAGCCCGGUUUCGCAGAGCCGGGAAGGUUCGUCGCCUUUUAGGGGAUUCCCAGGAGGCGACAAGUUCGGCACAACUUUUUUGUCGGCCGCUGCUAAAGGACAGGGAUUUGGGGACGCCAAAAGCCGGGUCCGCUACGGCGCGGGGCAGCAGGACCUGGCGGCACCGCUGGAGAGCAGCGCCGGGGCGCGGGGCUCCUUUAACAAGUUCCAGCCGCAGCCACCCACCCCGCAGCCGCCGCCUGCUCCGCCCGCGCCACCAGCGCAUCUCUACUUGCAGCGGGGCGCCUGUAAAACACCCCCGGACGGCAGCCUCAAGCUUCAGGAAGGCAGUGGUGGUCACAACGCGGCCUUGCAGGUCCCCUGCUACGCCAAAGAGAGCAACCUGGGUGAGCCAGAGUUGCCCCCUGACUCUGAACCUGUGGGCAUGGACAACAGCUACCUCAAUGUGAAGGAGACAGGGGCUAAGGGGCCCCAGGACCGGGCUAGUGCUGACAUCCCAAGCCCCCUGGAAAAGACCGACUCUGAGAGCAACAAAGGCAAGAAGCGGCGGAACCGCACCACCUUCACCAGCUACCAGCUGGAGGAGCUGGAGAAAGUCUUCCAGAAGACACACUACCCCGAUGUGUAUGCACGUGAGCAGCUGGCUAUGAGGACGGAUCUCACUGAGGCCCGUGUGCAGGUUUGGUUCCAGAACCGGAGGGCCAAGUGGCGGAAGAGGGAGCGCUUUGGGCAGAUGCAGCAGGUCCGGACCCACUUCUCCACCGCCUACGAGCUGCCCCUCCUCACUCGAGCUGAGAACUAUGCCCAGAUUCAAAACCCAUCCUGGAUUGGCAACAAUGGUGCUGCCUCGCCAGUACCAGCCUGUGUGGUCCCCUGUGACCCAGUGCCUGCCUGCAUGUCCCCUCAUGCUCACCCUCCUGGCUCUGGGGCCAGCAGUGUCUCCGACUUCUUGAGUGUCUCUGGGGCUGGCAGUCACUUGGGCCAGACACAUAUGGGCAGCCUGUUUGGAGCAACUGGCCUCAGUCCGAGCCUCAACGGCUACGAGAUGAACGGCGAGCCAGACCGCAAGACCUCAAGCAUUGCUGCACUGCGCAUGAAGGCCAAGGAGCACAGCGCAGCCAUAUCUUGGGCCACAUGACAGAGCCUCUCCUGCCAGUCCUGAUGCCAUGCUCCUCCCUGGGGCCUUGGCCACAUCCCUGCCUUCCAGGCUCCGAGCUUCCCACUUGACUCUCCUCUUAGGAACCUGGCCUGGCCCAGGGGCCUGGCCCUCAGCACUUUCAGCCACCCCAAGUCUGAGGCCCUAGGGACUACUGGGAAGGAGGGGGCGGUAGGCCCUUACCCCUCCCUGGCACUGAGGCUGCAACCCCUGCUCCCUGACAAAGGCAGUGGAGAAAGCCAGGUGGCUCUGUGAGUAGUUUUGUAUCAUGUAAGCUGAGGCCCUGUCUCUCUUUGUGUUCCUUCACCCUUCCAUUUGACUUGAGUUAAAGUUAGGCUCCCCUCCAGACCUAACAGCUUCAACAGUCCAGCCCCAUCUAACCGUCCUUUCUUCUGUGUGGUACCCUGCUCACUGGGUCUAUGGCUAUGUGUCUUAAGGAACAAGGUGCCUUGCAGAGUCAGCUCCUGACCGCCUUUGCAUCCCAAACGCACAUGGAACCCCACCUUCUUUAUCCAAGGCAUCUGAUCAUCCACCCAUUCAAUGGGCCUUGUGACUGUAGCUUGACUGUCCCCUGUGAUGGAUGCACCUGGGGAAAGUGUGACAAAACGGAAGGACUCUGUUGCUGUCCGCCCGUAAGGAUGACCGAGCUCCAAGGAGAUAUGGGCCUGCCUUUGAUCCUAAAAUUGGUUCUGGUUGACAUUGUUGGGGUGGGGUGCCAGGUGUGAAUGGAGGCAAGGACAUAGAUCUGUCACCUCCACCACACGUGACCAUCAGAAGCCAGAGAAGCUCCCAGAAUGAUGACCACAAGGAGGACCCAUGGGUAAAACCGGGGUAUCACCUGGCAUAUUCUACGGUGGGGAGGUCUCUUGGUCAGCACUGGAGCCUCCCAGGGUCCCUCUGGGAGGAGUUGAGAUAAUUCAUCCUCUCCCUCCUGGUCACUCAUUGGGUCAUGGGUUGUGGUCACUCAUUGGGUCAUGGGUUGUGUCGUGGUCUGGAAGAAUUUAUGCCUUGGAAGACAUAAGUUAGAGCGCAGGGCCACGGCUGAGCGGCUCAGGAACAGAGGACAUGUGACCAGCUUGGCCUUUCUAUGCUCAGACUAACCACGUCCACCCACCACCCUGCCGCAGCAUCACACCUGCCGGAGUUUCCUACACAGGGUAGGUGGUGAUCGGUGCCCCUCUAGGCUAA